AUGGAGGCUGCGGCCGGGGGCGCUGAGCCCGCUGGCGGCUGCGCGGGGGCCCCAGAGGAGCCCGUGGUCUCCCUGGCUGACGUGCUGGCGGAGAACGAGGAGCUCGAGAAGGAGGCGCGGGCGGUGCUGGGUGGGAGCGAUCACGAGCGCUGCAGCUACUCCCAGGGUGCUGUAAAAAGACAAGCCUUGUAUGCCUGCAGUACUUGCACCCCACCAGGAGAAGAACCAGCAGGAAUCUGUUUAGCCUGCAGUUAUGAAUGUCAUGGCACGCACAAGUUAUUUGAACUAUAUACAAAAAGAAACUUCCGCUGUGACUGUGGAAACAGCAAAUUCAAAAAUUUGCAGUGCAAGCUAUUUCCAGAAAAGGGAAAAGUGAAUUCAGGCAAUAAGUAUAAUCACAACUUCUAUGGAUUAUACUGUGUUUGUAAAAGACCAUAUCCUGAUCCUGAAGAUGAGAUCCCAGAUGAAAUGAUCCAAUGCAUAGUUUGUGAAGACUGGUUCCAUGGAAGGCACCUUGGGGCAGUUCCCCCUGAGAGCGGGGACUUCCAUGAGAUGGUAUGCCAGGCCUGCAUGAAUUGCUGUGCUUUCCUUUGGGCGUAUACUUCACAGUUAGCAGUUCCUACCGUGACCAAAGUGACCUCACUUGAUGACGAAAGGAUUGUGCUGAAUGUCAAGGAAACUGAAGAACAGAACAGAGAAAUCAAAAAGGAAAGUGGAGGAGAUCACCAAGGGAAGAUUAAGGAGGAAGAACAAGUAGAGCAGUAUAAUGAGCCAUCUACUAGUUCUGGAUCUAAAUGUCCAGAGACAGUUACAAAAAGUGAUGAACCGGUGUGUAAGCUGCGAGAACUUCAGACCAAGCAGUGUCUGAAGAAGGAUACCGCCACCUUUUGGCCAUCUAACUGGCGGAGUAAAUUGUGCACAUGCAAAGACUGUUUAAAAAUGUAUUCAGAACUGGAUGUCCAAUUCCUGAUUGAUGAAUGUGACACUGUCUUGGCCUAUGAGAAUAAAGGUACAAGUGACCAGGAAACAGACAGAAGAGAUCCUUUAAUGGACACGCUUAAUAGCAUGAACAGAGUCCAGCAAGUAGAACUCAUUUGUGAAUACAACGACCUAAAGACAGAACUGACUGACUAUCUCAGGCGAUUUGCAGAUGAAGGAACAGUUGUUAAAAGAGAGGACAUUCAGCAAUUCUUUGAAGAAUUUCAGUCACGCAAGAGAAGACGGACAAAUAGGAUGCAGUACUACUGCAGUUAGACUGAAAAGGCUUUGACUUUCAUAAGGACAAAUGGAAAAUCCAAUCCAUCCUUCAGUAAAUAGAAGCAGCACCUUUGCUAAUAUUUGACCUCUUUCCCUAAAUCCUGCUUUCCAAGAGGCCUCCUCCACCUCUGCUCAUUCACUCUGUUCCAUAAAAUACUUCUCUUACUUUUGUAGCUUAUACAUAUGUCUAAUUUCGUUACAGGUGCAUUGCAUAGCAGCUUAUCAUGCAGAUUUCAGACAGUGUCGGUAUACUUAAGUUGUCAAAAGUUGGUUUUGUUUCAGAGGGAGUGAAUUGGUCCUUGUUAAAAUAACUUGUGCCACUUGUGUCCUUUUUAACCUUUGACCUGUUUCAUUUUAGUACAUGUAGCUAUAUACCAUACUAAAGAUGGGGGCAGACAACAUUCUGUUUUGGGAAUAAAUCUACAUUGUAUAGUG